CUUCCUCCUCCGCCUCCUUAUCUAUUGUUGAGUCUGGGUGAAAAUGGGAUAUGAGAGGCGGGCAGCGGGUUAACUUCAGGUAAAUUUCGGACGCGGAUAGAGACGAGGGAUUCCUAAGGAAACUCCAAAAACCCCACUUUGCCUUUCCCUUACGCUCGGAUUUGCAUUUAUGAACUUGUCCAGAGACAGAAGUGUUAGAAAGCUAAUCUUUCUGUGAAAAUCCUGAACUUACUUCAUUUCCACAUAAAACAAACAGGUGCACAAAGUGUGCACUUCCAAGCUGAAUGUUAUAAGCAGAUUUAUCUUCUCUGGGGCCUUGUAAGUUCCAGUUUUCAAAGGGAAAUGGAAUAGGUGACAGACCGACAAGAAAGUAUAUGCUCUGGAUGGAAAGAUUUUCUCUGGUAAAAAAACUACCUGCAUUUUUAUGUCCCUAGCGUAGGACAUGGAGUUGAAAUGGACUUUGCUACAUGAAGACCAAGAAGUGGCUGGGCUGAUCCUACUAAUAUAAAGCUCACCAGUUCUCAAAGCCAGAGUUUCAAAAACUGUUGCUGAUGUGUGAUCAUAAUGAGUGGAUUAGGGGAGAACUCCUUGGACAGCAUGGCCAGUGAGUCAAGAAAACGCAAGCCAUUACCAUGUGAUACCCCUGGACCAGGUCUGCUCUGCAGUGGAGAGAAACGUCGACGUGAACAGGAAAGCAAAUAUAUUGAAGAACUGGCUGAGCUGAUAUCUGCUAAUCUGAGCGACAUUGACAAUUUCAAUGUCAAACCGGAUAAAUGUGCAAUUUUAAAAGAAACUGUUAGGCAGAUAAGGCAGAUAAAAGAACAAGGAAAAGCAGCUUCUGCUGAUGAUGAUGUCCAGAAAGCUGAUGUAUCUUCAACAGGUCAAGGUGUUAUUGAUAAGGAUUCAUUGGGACCUCUUCUAUUACAGGCAUUGGAUGGAUUCUUAUUUGUAGUAAAUCGAGAUGGGAACAUUGUAUUUGUAUCUGAAAAUGUCACUCAGUAUUUGCAAUAUAAACAAGAGGACCUGGUUAAUACAAGUGUUUACAAUAUUUUGCAUGAAGAGGACCGGAAAGAUUUUCUUAAAAAUUUACCAAAAUCUGCAGUGAAUGGAGUUUCAUGGACCAAUGAAGCACCAAGACAGAAGAGCCAUACUUUUAAUUGUCGCAUGAUGAUCAAAACAGUUCAUGAUCUUUUGGAAGAUGUUGGGAGCAAUCAGGAUACACAUCAGAGAUUUGAAACCAUGCAAUGUUUUGCUUUAUCACAGCCAAGAGCUAUGCUGGAAGAAGGUGAAGAUUUGCAGUCCUGUAUGAUAUGUGUGGCACGCCGUAUCGCUACUGUGGAAAGAGUAUUUUCACCAAACACAGAAAGCUUUGUAACUAGGCAUGAUCUUUCAGGUAAACUUGUUAACAUAGAUACAAACUCCCUAAGGUCCAUGAGACCUGGAUUUGAAGAUACAAUUCGUCGUUGUAUUCAGAGAUUUUUAUGUCAAAAUGAAGGACAGCACUGGUCAAAUAAACGCCACUAUCAAGAAGCUUAUAUACAAGGUCAUGCCGAAACUCCGCUCUAUCGAUUCUCCUUAGCAGAUGGAACAAUAGUGACAGGACAGACAAAAACUAAGCUGUUUCAAAACCCCGUUACAAGUGACCGUCAUGGCUUUAUCUCCACUCACUUUCUUCAGAGAGAACAAAAUGGAUAUCGACCAAAUCCUGGUACAGUGGGACAGAGUGUCAGAGCACCUGCAACUGGGACCACAAAUUCAAGUGGAGGUGUUAUGAACAUGUCGCCUGGACAAAAUAUACCUUUGCAAAAUAGGAACUAUGGCAUGGGAGAUCCUAACAUAAUGGGUCAGAUAACUGGUAGUAGAUACGGUGUUCCUGGAAAUAUGGGAUCAGUUAACCCUGGGCAAGGAAUGCAGUCGUCAUCUUACCAGAGUAAUUAUGGAAUAAAUAUGAGCAGCCCACCACAUGGCAGUCCAGGCUUGAAUUCCAAUCAACAGAAUUUAAUGAUAUCGCCUAGGAAUCGUGGGAGUCCAAAAGUGAAUUCACACCAGUAUUCUCCUGUAGCAGGUGUGCACUCUCCGAUGGGACCUGCUAGUAAUUCCAGCAGCAACAAUUUUUCAAGCAGCUCACUUAGUGCUCUUCAGGCCAUUAGUGAUGGGGUUGGAACUUCCCUUCUGUCUACACUUUCUUCACCAGGUCCCAAACUGGACAGUUCCCCAAAUAUGAAUGUUUCUCAGCAGAGUAAAAUGGUGAACCAGGAUUCAAAAAGCCCUCCUGGAAUAUUUUGUGAGCAGAAUCAAGUGGAAAGUUCUAUGUGUCAGUCAAAUAGCAGGGACUCUUUUAGUAAUAAGGACAGCAAAGAGGAGAGCCUUGAAGGCUCUGACCAAAGGGGGCCAGUUGAAAGCAAAGGGCACAAAAAGCUUCUUCAGUUACUGACUUGCUCCUCAGAGGACAGAGGGCAUUCAACCCUGUCAAACUCUCCCUUGGACUCGACUUGCAAAGAAUCUUCUACAAAUGCUACAAGCCCUUCGUCUGGUGUCUCCUCUUCUACAUCUGGAGGGGUCUCUUCCUCGAACAUGCAGGAAAAGCAUAGGAUUCUACACAAGUUGCUACGGAAUGGUAAUUCUCCAGCAGAAGUGGCGAAAAUUACAGCAGAAGCUACUGGCAAAGAUAGUUAUCAUGACAGUAACACAGUUUCCUGUGGAGAAGGAACAGUCAAACAGGAACAAAUGAGUCCUAAAAAGAAAGAGAACCAUGCUUUGCUUAGAUACUUGCUUGAUAAGGAUGAUGGGAAGGAUUCAUUUUCAAAGGACAUUAAGCCUAAAAUAGAAAGCUUGGAUAACAAGAUGGGACAAUGCUGUAGUUCUGCAAUACCUACAUCAAGUCAAGAAAAAGAGAUGAAGAUAAAAACAGAACCUACAGAAGAGAUAAGUGGUGAUUUGGUAGAUAAUUUAGAUGCAAUUUUGGGUGAUCUAACCAGUUCUGAUUUUUGCAAUAAUCCUGUGUCUGCAAAUGGGAGUAACAUUGGGAAUAAGCAACCUCUCUGCCAAGGAAACACACCACUGGGUAUGAGAAGUCCCCAGUCUUUGCAGGCUACCCGUCCGCCUUUCAACAGAGCAAUGUCUUUAGACUGCCCCAUAUCAGUGGGUUCAAGCCCACCUGUCAGGAGUGUGAAUACCUUCUCCAUAUUGCAGAAGCAAAACAUGAUGGGUGGGAGUCCAAGAAUGAUUGAAAACCAGGAAAACUUUGGCGCUAAUAUGGGGGGAUCUAACAGAAGUAUGCCUAUGAAUCCACAUUCAGCAAGUGAUUGGAGCCUACAGAACUCAAAAGUGAGCAGGAUGGAACCUACAAGUUCUGGUCCAAUGGCAAGAUCAGGGCCAGAGUGCAACCCAUCCCUUUCUAGAUCUUCAGUUGGGGGUUCCUUGCCUGGUCUGCCCAUGAGGUCAAACAGUAUGCCUGGAACCAGACCCAUGCUCCAACAGCAGAUGAUCCAUAUGAGGCCAAAUGAGAUUAACAUUGGCAUGGGUGGAAACCCUUAUGCGCAUCCAGGUUCAUCUAACCAGCCAAAUGCAUGGACUGAUAGCAUGCUGUCCAUGGAACAAGGAACCCGAGGUUCACAAAACAGGCAGAUCGUUAGAAAUUCUUUGGAUGACCUCUUAUAUACUGCUCCAAAUGUGGAUGGACAGAGUGAUGAAAGGGCUCUUCUAGAUCAACUGCACACAUUGCUGAGUAGUACAGAUGUCACCAGUCUUGAAGAAAUUGAUAGAGCAUUAGGAAUUCCUGAUCUUGUAAAUCAAGGACAAGCUUUGGAACCCAAACAAGAAUCAUUUCAUGGACAAGAACCUGCAGUCAUGGUUGACCAGAAGCCUCCAAUAUAUACUCAGCCCUAUCCAGGACAGGGAGCAGCAAUGCCAGGAAGUUUUAAUAGCAUGCAAGGCCAACAGGCAGCUUUUAACACUGUGAUGAAUCAAAUGAACCAGCAGGGCAAUUUUUCAAUGCAAAGUAUGCAUCCCAGAGCAAAUGUCAUGAGGCCCAGAACCAACACACCAAAGCAGCUCCGCAUGCAGCUCCAGCAGAGGCUUCAAGGGCAGCAGUUUUUAAAUCAGACCCGUCAAACUCUUGACAUGAAAAUGGAGAACCCUAGUCCUGGUAGUGCCUCAGUGAUGAGACCUGUUAUGCCUCCUCAAAUGGGAUCGCAGCAGCAAGGCUUUCUGAAUGCUCAGAUGGUGGCUCAGCGAAGCAGGGAAAUAAUGAAUCAUCACAUCAGACAGCAAAGGAUGGCUAUGAUGAUGCAGCAGCAGCAGCAGCAGCAGCCUCAGGCUUUCAGUCCUCCCCCAAACGUAACUGCCUCAGGAAGCAUGGAUGGUGCUGUUGCAGGCCCUCCGAUGGCUCCAGUUCCGCCCCAGCAAUUUUCAUACCCAUCGAAUUAUGGAAUGAGCCAGCAACCGGAGACGGCCUUUAGUAGGGUAUCCAGCCCUCCUAAUCCCAUGAUGGCUCAAAGAAUUGGACCUUCACAAAAUCCUAUGAUGCAGCAUCCUCAGGCCACACCGAUGUAUCCAUCUCCUGAAAUGAAGGGCUGGCCAUCAGGAAGUAUGCCCAGGAGCAGUUCUUUUCCACAGCAGCAGUUCAGUCAUCCAGGGAAUCCUGCAACUUAUAACAUGAUGCACAUGAACAAUAAUGGUGGUCACAUGGGGCAAAUGAAUAUUAAUGCCAUACCUAUGUCAGGAAUGCCCAUGGGUCCAGACCAGAAAUACUGCUGACAUUACAGCUGCAGUCUCCUAAUAGGCAGAUGCCAUAACAGAUGAUGGUGAACUAAGUAUUACAGAAAAGUGCACAUGGGCUUCAUUGCAACAUAUAUUAGCCUUAUGGAAAAGCCGCUUCUUUUUCCAUGAAGAUGUCCUGACUUCCCAAGUUAUGGGCUUUGGGUGAGGGGAAAGGAGGGAUAGAAGUAUCACUAUAUAAUGUUUUUUUUAAAAAAGGUCAAAUAUAAUUUUGGCACUCUGCCACUAGCAACUUGAGUUUGACAAUGGAACAUAAGUAAAUGUGAUGGGUAGACUUUGUAUACCAGUUCUGUUUACAAUAGCUAUCCAAAGCCCUUAACCACAGGCAGACCAAAGUGCCUGGAGAAAUGUUGGUAGCAGUCCUGCGUUCUAUAGAAAGAGCCUCUGAAAGAAUGUAGUGCCUGGCCUUGAUUUCAAAACAAAACUCUGAAUAUCCAUGCUGCUGUUAAUUUUGCUCCCUGGUGUUGGAAGUCUGAUGUAGAAGUGGCAAUGCAAACGAGGUGUUGCAGCCUCAAAAUCAUACUCUCUGAUGCCAAAGGGUUAUGAGAGAUUACAUAAGAGUAAUGAUGGUAAAAGAUUUCCACACUGACGUGCAGUUUUGUGCACUUUAUAAUAUGCUGUAUGUAAUGGGUUAAUGCAAUACCUUUAAUAAUGAAUUGAUAUAAAAAUGUGCAUUUAUUUCCCUUUUCAAGACCAAUCUAUAUCAGUAUGCCAUGUUACUGAUACGGAGAUUUGAGCAAUAAUCACUUGGUUUUGCCAUUAAACAUCAUAAAGCUCAAGGCAAGGCAUUGCAGUCCUAAGAGAAAUUGUCUUUGUGAAUAAAUUUUGUAAAUAUUAUCUUAAGAUGUUGUACUAUAUAUAUAUGACUUUUGUAGGCCACUAACUCAUUUUUGCAGAGUUUGUGAAGCUAAAUAUUUAACAAAGAUGAUUUCUGUAAACUCAGUUUAGUCAAGUUGUCCAGAUAGAUACUUUUUUAAUUUAAAUGGGUUUGGAGUUGGGUAACUGUGGCCCUUACCCUCUUUUUAUUGGAUUCUAACAGUUUAUUUAGAACUUUAUGUAAUGGCUUUUUAAAAGAUCAUUUGUUCGUAUUUUAGUGGUCUUUUAUAUUUUCUCUACACCUUAAGUGUGCACUUUGUUACUUUUUCUUAUAGAGGGCAAUUUGAUGACAAAAAAGGCUCUUUUUAGCUGUCAUGACAGUUUCUGGAAUUUUUAAUAUAACCUGUCUUUUCAAUGAAAGAGCCUCUGCUCCAGGACAUUUGCUUAACUUCUAAUUACACCUUAGUGGUGCUCAGAACAUGUUGUUUUUGUGUGUGUUAAACAGGAUACACAUCUGAUAUUUAAAUAUCCAUACUUAUUUGUGGCAGUUAAUUAGGUGUAUCACAUUUACUUGAUGUACUGGUAAAAAAUAUAUUUAUUUUCUGAGCAAUUUUCUUUAUAUCAUUUAUCCAUGGAGGUCAGAAAUGCCACAAGUUUCUCUGUUAGUUUUAUAUUGCAUAAAUGAAGAUAAAUAUGGAUUUUCCCCAAGCUUAUUACAGUGAUUCAGAACAGGCUCUUUCAAAUAGAAAGGCAAGCAAAAAUGUUUGAAGCCGUGUGGUGAGUGCUUUUACAAUUUCCACUGAACAAUCUACUUCUUCCCAAGUAUGUAAAAUAAUGAUUCUGAUUAUUUGUCAUUAAAGUUCAGCUUUGUUUUGUAGCAAUACCAUGCUAAAGGAUAGAAUUAAAUAGUGCAGAACGUGUUCUGUUAGUCCUAUUGCCCAAAGCUGCUACCAAUCUGAGAAGUUUAAAUAUUGCCUGUUCUGUGUAGACUACCCAGCUAUUUGACUGGGUAGAUUACCCAGUACAGCUACUCAGUAAAGCAGUACUUCAGACAGUUGGAGCUCUGGUCCAGAAUUCUGUGUGUUCUGCUGUGCACAUUUAGCUGCUGUCCCAUGCAUCCAAGAGCUUCCUCAAAUGGUAACUCAUUUUAAGUUCUUGCUUGAAAUGUAAAUGAGUUCACCCUCUACAUGAACAUCCCACUGUAGAAGAAGUAGCUUGCAUACUGGCAGGUCAGAUCUUCUGGUUUGGGAAAUUUAUGGUAUUGCAAAUCCUUAGCAUUAAAGAAAAAUACUUUUACUUUUUUAGAAGACAACUUGAAAACAACCCUGAAAAAACCCAUCAAGAGCCCGUAAAAUCAGAAUAAACUAUCCUUUAACUUUUGUAGAUGUUUAAUGUUAAUAAUGACAGCUGUGAACUCUGGGUGCUUUGGCUAAAUGUGAUCUACCAAUGUUAUAAACUAUGUGUGGCCUUUCUCUUUUCCUUUUGAGUAAUUAUGUUUAUAUUUCUGAAAUGUAGUGGUACCUGCUGUUCACUGAGUAAUCUGUUCCUCAGAACAGUCUUUCCUAUCCCCAGUUGCUUGCUUUUCGCUGAUUCCAAAGAUUUAUUUCACACUUAAUGAGAACUUCACUUCAAAAAUGUUUUGAAUUGGCAUCGUCAAGUAUUUUAUAAGCACUGCUGAUACACAUUGCCAUAUCUGUCCUCAGAAAUGCAUGAUUUAAAACGCUCAUUCUGUGGCAGUUGAGUGUUGAUUACAUGGUUGUGUGGAUUGACCAAGUGGUGCAGCAAACGAGGCUCAAUGAGAUAAUAAGCUGAGUUUGGUAUUGGUGCUUUCUGUACUCCUUGUCCUUAUAAUAAUUCCGUUCCUACCACAUCACAUUAAACUAACAAACAGAUUUGUGUGUCAAGAUACAUAAAUUCUACCCCAUUCUUUGUGCUUUUAAUUUAGUAGCAAACUAUUUGAACAUUGCACUGGUUAUUAGCACACAGAAUUUAGUAGCAGACUGUCAUGUGACAGCAGCACAGCAAUUAUGAAAGCAUUCAACUGAGAGCAAUAUUUUUUAAUAUCUCAGGAGAAAGGCGUAUACAGUAUUGAGAACUGACUCUAAGGUUAGUUUACGUUAAAUAUUGCUUGUAAUAAUUGAUCUUUACAUCACAAAAAAAACCUUCUACGGGCUGACAUUAAAUAAAAGUUAGUCAUAUGGUUUUUUUCUGAAUUUUUGUUUUGUUUGGAUGUUAAUAAUGCUGUAAAUAAAGGUUUCUAUUUGAAACUGGA